AAAAACUCCUAUUCUUUUAGGCAAAUUUCCUAUCCGCCUUUUUUCUUUUAUAUCUCUCUUUGUGGGAUCUCUCUAUUUCACAACAUGGCUCUGAACACGGUCUUCGUUGUUUGUAUGCUUCUCCUUGCCGUCUAUUUGCAAACCGCACUUGGGCACGACGUCAAGUGCGAGAAUCUAGACAAAGACACCUGCGCAUUUGCGGUGUCGUCGACCGGAAAACGGUGCGUUUUGGAGCAGAGUAUUAAGAGGAGUGGAAUCGAGGUGUACACGUGUCGGUCAUCGGAGAUAGAAGCGGACAAGGUCACAAACAUUAUUGAAUCAGACGAAUGCAUCAAAGCGUGUGGUCUAGACCGGAAAUCGUUGGGUAUAUCUUCGGACGCAUUAUUGGAAUCCCGGUUUACUCAGAAACUCUGCUCGGUUAAAUGCUUAACCCAAUGCCCUAACGUCGUCGAUCUCUUUUUCAACCUUGCCGCUGGCGAAGGUGUAUAUUUGCCAAAGCUAUGUGAAUCACAAGGACAAUCAAGAAGAGCAAUGUCGGAACUUAGGAGCUCGGGAACUGUGAUGGACACUCUUGGACCGGUUGGACCGGUCAGGUUGGGCGAGAUGGCACCAGAGCCAGCUACUUCAAUGGACUACAUGCCGUACGCUCCAGCACCAGAGCCAGCUACUUCAGUGGACCACAUGUCCUACGUGCCGGCACCUGCAUCGUAUUAAGUAAUGCAAGCAAGAAUAGAGAGAAGACGUACUCUCAUGAGACCCAAAGAGAAUAAUAAGGAACUUUAUGUUUAGUUUUGAUGGUUUUAUUACAUCGUUUAAUGCUUGCUUAUUAUGUAUUUCAUAAAACACACCACGAUGCAUAACGAGACAUCGAAAGUUCUGCACGGUUUGGUGAAUCUAUACUUAAUACUAUCAUUUUGUAUAAUACUAAUACUAGUAAUGAGUUUGAGCUUAUUGAUACUAAGGUAAUACUCAAAACAGAUAUAUACAGUACCGCCCCAAACCCCAAGCAAGAGAAUGGUUU